UCCAAAUUUGCUUACCACUAAUUUUAAACCUACAAAUAAUUUAUUUAUUUAUUUCCCUUUUUAUUAAACGUAUUAAAUUUAGCUUUUCGUUGAAUAGAUUGUUUUAAUUCAAACUACCUCGUAAUAUUCGUAUUACAUUAUUAUUAUUAUCGUGUAAUAAUUUAAAGCAAAACCCUAACACCCAAAUUCUAAGAUUUCAGGAACAAAGUUUAACUCUUUUCUUCAAUCCUUCAUACAUCGCCGCUUCUGCCUGCUAACUCCGUUGCCGAUUCUCUGAACUCACAGACAACCUGUUUGAUAAUUUGCUUAAACCACCAACAAUGUUGCCAAUUGAUCCCACCAAGAAGCUAUCCUUCAAUCGCCGCAUAGCAGACGGAGAUUUGGUUAUCGUAUACGAGAGAUACGAUACAAUGAAGCCGAUAAAAGUUUCCGAAAAAGGGGUUCUGCAGAACCGUUUCGGUAUGUUUAAGCAUUCCGAUUGGAUCGGUAAACAGUUCGGCUCGAAGGCGUUCAGUAGUAAGGGUGGAUUUAUUUACUUGUUAGCUCCAACUCCUGAGCUUUGGACUCUGGUUUUAAGCCACAGGACACAGAUUUUAUACAUUGCGGAUAUUAGUUUCGUUGUUAUGUAUUUGGAGUUAGUUCCGGGGUGUGUGGUACUAGAAUCGGGCACCGGAAGUGGGUCCCUCACUACUUCGCUUGCACGUGCAGUUGCUCCGACUGGGCACGUGCAUACGUUUGAUUUCCAUGAACAGAGAGCUGCAUCGGCUAGGGAGGAUUUCGAGAGGACUGGAUUGAGCAGUUUGGUGACAGUUGGUGUGAGAGACAUUCAAGGUGAGGGUUUCCCCGAUCAACUAUUAGGUCAAGCAGAUUCCGUUUUCCUCGACCUCCCUCAACCAUGGUUAGCUAUUCCUUCUGCUGCCAAAAUGCUGCAGCAAGACGGUGUCUUGUGUUCGUUCUCUCCGUGUAUCGAGCAAGUGCAGAAAUCUUGCGAAGCACUAAAACUAUAUUUCACAGAUAUAAGAACAUUUGAAGUGCUUCUACAAACGUAUGAAGUUCGAGAAGGGAACUUUGGUAGCUGGCAAGAUAGUGACGGGGCGUCUUCGUUUCUCAAGGGUUGCAAGAAGAGGCAGCGGAACAAUCUAGAAGCUUCCGGAACUCAAACGGUUAUUGCGAGACGGAACGGUGAGACGAGAGGGCAUACGGGGUACUUGACAUUUGCAAGACUUAACUGCUCCAUGUGAAACUUUACAAUACAUUAUUGUAUUUGCUACUACAGCUGAAGUUUUAGCUGUGUUGAGAAUAAUUAUUUAAGUUAUUUAACAGUUUCUUUGCUCAA